GUGAAGCUGGGUUUAUCAACAUCCCUAUUAAUUAGGAGCAUUAUUGGCAGUGACCUGAUCAAGAUUGGUUCCAGGAAGCCCAAAAGCGCCAUAUCUUGUGAGUAGCGCAAGGCUUUGGUUUACUGCCCAGUCAGCAUCAAUACAUCCUGCUAUUGAAUGGCCUCAAUAUCCUCAGUUUAUGCCGUCUAUUUGAACACCUCAGUCGAACUGCUAGUCGAGGGUGACGUUGCUGCCGCUUAUGCAAUGGAUCCCAUCUCGCCUUCAACUCGCCAGCCUUGCCUCAACUCCGCCUUGCCAAAGUCCAGUUCGAGGAUGGCCAAUUCAAGUACGGCAGACGCUGAUGGACAAGGAAGCUUCUACAAGUUGUACAUCGAACCCUUUUUCAUUCUAGCUCAACUCUCUUAAGUUCAGCCUCGCGAGGUAGGAAGGUGGUCGCCGAACUCCGCCACUGCAAGAACCCCAAGUCACUCGACAACACAUUAUUAGGAUCGCUCAGCCUUUCCCGCAACAGCGAGGGCAGAGCCUCGUGACUCCAUUCUUUGUCAGUUACAAGCGACAUCGGUUGAACCUUUUGGUUCUCCAUUUUCGCUGUUCUGUUUCCUCCUGGAAAAGUUGCAUGGCCAUGGUCCGCGAUGCUGCCUGUUUGACUUGUCGUUCUCGGAAAGUUAGAUGCGACCGUCUGCUUCCCCGAUGCUCCACCUGUUCCAGGCUCAACCGAGAGUGCGUGACCUCCACAAAGGCCUGUGAGAUCACUUGGCUCCAUUCCGAUCUUAGUGGACGAUCCUUGCGAGACGAGAAUACUCCAUACGAACAUACACAGCAACUGCCUGGUGCCAAAGGCCGUCCUCUACUUACAGAGCGUGAACGCACUCGACAUAUUGCCACAAUCGUAUCUUCAACCAACAACGCCACGGUUGAGGAGUUGCUAACGGAUCUUGAUACCCGUCUCUGUGAUCUUGAAGGAGAUCAUGUCGCCUACCAUGGACCAUUUGGGGUAUUUCGGCUUCACGGUGGCACUCCCAAUGAAAUCAACGAGUUUGAAGCUGUGGAAAAUGUCGAGCCCCGAGACCAGAUUGAUUCUGCGAUAGACCAAAUAUUCGAACCUCCAGCUACGAAUGGUGCUUUCGAAGCUUCGGACACACCGACCGUCCUCGACGAGUCUCACCUGCUGCCACUUCUCCCUGACGAACAGCUGCUGGAUUCUAGCCAGGAUGGGAUCAACUGGGACGACUUCCAUAUGGACCUGGCGACUGAAACCUCAUUUUCCGACACCAUUGCUAUGGCCAAUGGUCUAUCCUGCAGCAUUCCUACCGCCAUGUCAUUAACUUACAGUUUCGACGUGCAUGACCUUGAUUUUCCUACCAUACGUCUCCUCCUUGACCGCUAUCAAAAUACCCUAGUUCCAUAUUUUGCUCCUGCGCGAAUCCACGUAAAGUCCCCAUGGGAAGCUUUGCACAUACCCAAGGUCCACGAGACACUCGGAGAAGUCAUACUCAGGGGCGACGCAGGGAAUUCCAAGGUGUGCCUUCUAUUUGCGGUGCUGGGUGCGAGUGCAUUCCACCUGGAUAUCCUGCGCACUUCAUCAGACGAGGUUACUCCGCCUUGGAGGGUCAUCGCCGACAGCUACCGGGCACGAGCUAAGGCCCGGUUGAAGACGUCACUGCAGAGCCUCUCACCAGGCAAGAAACAAGAAGACUAUAAGGAUGUGCUCCUCGCACUACUGAGCAUGGUGACAGUCUGUGUUGUCAGUGGAGACAUGGACGAGGCUUACGCGUAUCUACAUGAUGUAGAGCGCCUGAUAGCUCUCUAUGGUCUCGACAAGAUCCGCAAAUCGGCAGGUGUACAAAUGCUACACAGCACGUAUCUGUAUCUGCGCACGCUGCAAGCUAGUGUAAGCAGUUUCAGCGGCCAGAGACAAGAAAGAUCAAACAACAAACAUCUUGAACCUGGUAACGCCCUCGCCCCCACAAAGCAGCCCAACAGUCUCUGGACCACCCUUCUCCAAGCAGACAGGUACUGCGAUUCCUUAUUUGAUACGGCGGCAGAGCCUCCUUGCCAUAUAUGCGGGCGAAACACCUCAAUCUUCGAGCAAAUUUACUCAUUACCUGAAUCCUUAUUUCAACUAAUCUCCCGGGUUACCGAACUCGCACAGCGAAUGCAGCAGCUAAAACGGACACAAUACGGCACAGCAGCAACAACAGCUGCUCAUGAUUCACUAUCAGACGAAGUGAGUCAACUGGAGACGGAUGUUUGCGGUUGGAAGAACGAAGUCCCGAAUCCCGAACAUGAGCCCGUGCUUCCACAAUGCCCAAAUUGCUUGUCGGAGAUGGGAUCAGACCGUGGAGAAGAGAACAUCGGGAACCCCUCCCGCAUGUCCUUGUUGUAUCACUUUAGAGAAGCGAUGCAUUCGGCGCUACUAAUCUAUUUUUAUCGAUGCGUUCGAGGCGUCGACACGCAUAUCUUGCAGCACUUUGUCACCAAAACCAUCGACCAUUUGUCGCGGUACGGCGAAAGGAAACGGGAAUCCAAUGACCCGUCAUCAAACCUUUGCUGGCCUGGCUUCAUUGCCGGUUGCGAGGCGCUGGACACAACGACUCGGGAUCGAUUCUCAGCCUGGUUUAGCAAGGAGACCGCUCUGACUGGCAUCCGGAUGUUUGAAGUUGCAGGACAAGCAGUCAAACAAGUAUGGGAGGCGCGGGACGUGCGAAAAGACCGGAACCUCACUUGGUCACAAAUUCUUAUGGAGAACAAGACAUUGGAUAGGUUGAUUCUCAGUUGAAAAUUUAACUAUCAAAAAAAAUUGGAAACUAUUUUACAAAGCGA